AUGAUUAAGAAAAAGACUGUAGCCGUCAAGAAGACUGUUGCUAAAAAUGGCACAGUUAAAAAGGUGGUAAAGAAAACAGUUCAGACUAAGAAAGUGGUAAAACGACAGAAAGUCAGUAAGCCUGUGGAAGAAGAGGAGAUCGAGGAUGAAGUUGUAUCAGCCAAGAAAAUGAAGUUGUUCGAAGAGGUAAUAUAUUAUUUUAUGUUUUAUAUCGAAAUUUAGGACGAUUCUGAUGAUUUGCAAGAUGACUUUGAUGGAGACAGUGAGGCGGAACGACUGGACGGAGGAGACUCGGAUUCUGAUGUUUCUGAAGGCGACGAUGAAGAACUUGAGAUUGAGAAGAAAUCAAAAAAGCUGAGAGCUAAACAAAAGAAGAUGGAGUAAGUUACUCUCUUAUUAAAAUCUACAAUAAGCAGUAACCGUCUAAUCUUGAUAUUAUAAUUGUUAUAAAGUUUUCGAUUUUAAUUACCUUGUUCAUACCUAAAUUCACAGUUUAUUAUUUUUAAUCUUUUAGCAAGCUAAAUGAAGAUGAACUACAACUUAAUGUUGCCAACACAGCCAAGUACGAUCUUCCAACAGUUGAAGAAGCAGAACAAGAGUUGAAAUCAGUAAUGGACUUGCAGAUGGUUAAAGAACGGAUUCAAGAGAUUGUGGAGGUUCUCGGAGACUUUAACAACAGAAGAGUAGAAGGCAGAAGUCGAGCUGACUACCUCAAGAUAUUAAAGAUGAACUUGUUGUCAUACUACAGUGACUACAACGACUUUUUGAUGGAAAAGUUUAUGGAAUUGUUCCCGAGUCCUACUGAGGUUAGUUUGAGGAUGAAAUCUGUAAAAUAUUAUGCUUUAAUUUAGUAAUAACUAAUAUCAAAAACAUUAAACUUCUCUAAAGUAUGCUUAAUUUUAGAAGCAGAUGUAUGUUUUUAAGCCAUAACCUAUUCAAAAAUGUAUCAUUUAACAUGAAUUAUACGAAAUAUUAAAUUUUAAUGAAUUUUAUACAGAAUGAUUAAUUUGAAAUUUAGCUCAUGGAGUUUAUUGACGCGAGUGACCAGCCCAGACCCGUAACAAUCAGAGCUAAUCCUCUGAAGACACGCAGAGGAGAUUUGGCCAGAUCUUUGAUUUCUCGAGGCAUGAACGUGGAUCCAGCUGCCAAAUGGACCAAAGUGGGAUUGGUGGUAUACGAUUCACAGGUACCAGUUGGUGCUACACCAGAAUAUCUGUCAGGGCAUUACACUAUCCAAGGUCUAUGUUCCUUCUUACCAGUAAUGGCGCUGGCUCCACAGCCAGACGAACGAGUACUGGAUAUGUGUGCCGCUCCUGGUGGUAAAACAAGUCAUAUUGCUUCGUUAAUGAAAAAUACCGGUAUAUUGUUUGCCAACGAUUUUAAUGUAAGUUUAUAAAAAGUUACUGCAAAGUUUUGACUUAAAGAGAUAUUAUUCACUGUUUAUGUUGUAAGUUAUGUUUACUGUUCUGUACUUUACACAAUAUUCUUUUAGGCUGACCGUUUAAAAGCCGUAGUAGGCAAUCUUCAUCGUAUGGGAGUGAACAACUCAAUCGUCUCCAACUUGGAUGGUGCUGAAUACGCAAAGAUUCAGAAGCAAUCUUUCGACCGCGUUCUUCUCGAUGCCCCUUGCAGUGGUACUGGUGUUAUCUGGAAGGAUCAUUCAGUGAAGUCGAGCAAAGAUGAAGAAGAUAUCAAGGCCAGAUAUGUGACACAAAGACGGUUGUUGUUGGCUGCCAUUGACAGUGUUGAUGCAAAGUCCAAGACCGGUGGCUAUAUUGUGUAUUCGACUUGUUCAGUGUUGGUGGAAGAGAACGAAGCUGUUGUACAAUAUGCUUUGGAGAAGAGAAACGUCAAACUAGUACCAAUGGGACUAGACGUCGGAGUUCAAGGUUUCACAAAGUAAGAUUUUUGUGUCAAACAUUUUAAGUUUAUACACUUUACUCAUGAUUUUUUGUUAGGUAUAAAAAUGUGUUUUUAAUGUAAUUUUUAGAUACCGACAAUACCGUUUCCAUCCUUCAAUGUCGGAGACAAGGAGAUACUAUCCUCACGUUCAUAACAUUGAUGGUUUCUUCGUUUCAAAGCUGAAGAAGUUGUCAAAUGACAUCAAGAAGCCAAACGAACAGAAUGGCGAGGAAGAACACAAGGAACAGAAAACACAGCAACAGAAGAAUGGAAAGAAAAAUAAAAACAAAAAGGACGGAAGAAGGAACUGA